UCUUACCUCACAGAGGUAGCUCCUCCGCUGGCCGUAGCUCGGCGCCCCGGCGGUCCAUGGACCGGAACCCCGGGCUGAGCGGCAGGAACCUGAGGUACCACCGCCGCCUCCACGCCACAGGCUCCUCCUCCUCGCUGCCCACCGCCUCCUCCGGACGCCCGCUGGUCGCACAGCGCCGCCGCCGGCCUCGCGGAACCGCGCCGGGAGGCCGAGUGGCGGGUCCGCGGCCGGCGCGGGGCUAAGGCCUAGUCAGCGCCUCUCAGUGCUAUUGUCCGUGGGCCCGGCCUCGGACCGGAGUGCUGGGGUCUCCUGAGUGCGCCGGCUUCGCGGAAGAUGCCGGACCAAGCCCUUCAACAGAUGCUGGACAGAAGUUGCUGGGUGUGUUUUGCCACUGAUGAAGAUGAUAGAACAGCUGAAUGGGUGAGACCAUGCAGGUGCAGAGGAUCUACUAAAUGGGUUCACCAAGCUUGUCUACAACGAUGGGUGGAUGAAAAACAAAGAGGAAACAGUACAGCCAGAGUGGCAUGUCCUCAGUGCAAUGCUGAAUACUUGAUAGUUUUUCCAAAGUUGGGUCCAGUCGUUUACGUCUUGGAUCUUGCAGAUAGACUGAUCUCAAAAGCUUGUCCUUUUGCUGCAGCUGGAAUAAUGGUUGGAUCUAUCUAUUGGACAGCUGUGACUUACGGAGCAGUGACAGUGAUGCAGGUUGUAGGCCAUAAAGAAGGGCUGGAUGUUAUGGAGAGAGCUGACCCUUUAUUCCUUUUGAUUGGGCUUCCUACUAUUCCUGUCAUGCUGAUCUUAGGCAAGAUGAUUCGCUGGGAGGACUAUGUGCUUAGACUAUGGCGCAAAUACUCAAAUAAACUACAGAUUUUGAACAGUAUAUUUCCAGGAAUUGGUUGUCCUGUUCCUCGGAUUCCAGCUGAAGCUAAUCCUCUAGCAGAUCACGUCUCUGCUACCCGAAUUUUGUGUGGAGCCCUUGUCUUUCCUACUAUUGCGACAAUAGUUGGUAAACUGAUGUUCAGUAGUGUUAACUCUAAUUUACAAAGGACAAUCUUGGGUGGAAUUGCUUUUGUUGCCAUAAAAGGAGCAUUUAAGGUUUACUUCAAGCAGCAGCAAUAUUUACGUCAGGCACACCGCAAAAUCCUAAAUUAUCCAGAACAAGAAGAAGCAUAAAACUGAUUUCUGGUUCUGAGGCUUUUCAUCCUUAUGAGUCUGUUGUGUUGUUUUGAUUCCAUCAUUAAUGCACUAGUGGAGACUUGUGAUAAGCUACUGCUCCUAUAUUUUUAAGAAACAUAAUAAAGCACGUAGGGCAGGGAAAAUCCUCUCAGUAAUCACAGAACUAAGGAUGUGAUUCAUUUUCAUUGUUUGUCUGUACUACUUUUAUGGCAGUCAGCUAAACCAUUAUCUUAGCAUGGUAAACCUAGGUUUGUUCAUAUUUUUCCAGAUGAAAAUGUAAAGAACAAACUGUAUAAAUAUUAAACAAUGGACAUGCUGUUUUAUUCUAAUGCCUCUUUUGUAUAUAUUCAUGUUCAGUGUUUUCUUAGAAAUAGCAACUCAAUGAUGGUAUUGUGAGGAUUUUCCUCACUGGCAUAAUUUGAUUACAUGCUAAACAAGAACAUAUGUUAAUAUGAAGAAUUGUAAAUUAGUUCUGAAUAACAAACCAAAAAAUGUAUGUAAACAUUGAAAUGAUGAUCUGAACAAAAGAGAUUUUGUUUCCUUUUCCUUAACCCAUGUGACAUCCUCCAAAAUGUGUAGAGUAAAUGUUUCCAGGGCUUCCAGAUCACUUUUUCACUAUUAAAUUUUAUUUAUACAAUGUUGA